AUGGAUAUCAAAGCUUUGGAGGCGUGUUUUCAUAGCGCCUCAAAAAUAUCACAGACUGUUGAGGAAUAUGAAUUUCUUACCAACUUGUCAUCUAUUUUCUGCCAUGACUUUGUGGACUCACAGGACGAUGCUCCUGCAAAUUUGCUAAGCGAUAAACUGUUGAAGACAAUCGAUUUUAUUUCAAAAGAGCAGGGCAUAGUGCUAACUUCAACUGCAAUUCUUGACUGGUUCGUAUUUUACUUGUUUUCUCGUCGAUAUCGUUCAAGUGACAUUUGCAACACGGACGUUGCUAGUGUUGCAACAGUAAAUUAUAGCAAACCUACACGAAAUGUUUCAGUCGAUGAUGAGAAGAAGUACUCUGACCGAUUGAACGCGCCAACGGAAUCCAUUAUCUGCUGGUUAACAACUCGGCCUCUUGUCAACCAAAAUUUGCAGAUGUAUACUGCAGCAAUUCAAUUGGCACAAAAUCAUCCAACUGCUCGCAAACAUCUUGUCUCUCAUGCUCUACGCUGGCUGGUGUGUCGAUUGAAAAAGUGUAACCUUGACUUCAACCCCUCUUCGCCAUUGGUUCUGGCGCGAGGGGGAUCUUUUGACGGACUCUCGGAGGCCGGUGAUCUUGGUUCAGUUUCUGGGUUGACGGAUGAAGAGCAAAGUGACACUGUCUCCACAGGAAAGUGGGUUUCAACCGUGAUGGAGUCAAAUGGUGCUCUGGUUGAACACAAAGGUAUUCAGAAGACAAUUGAUCAGUUGAAAUCUUCAAUCGAAAGUUUGAUUUUGACAUGCACUGGUGAUCAGUUGGAGGGGAUACGCAAUUUGGCGUUUAAACGUCUUAAGGUCUUCUUUGAAAAGGCUCCCCUAUCCACUUCUGCUGCUUUUUGCCUUCGUUGGAUUGAACCACCAAUUGAGGAGCCGAAUAACGGGGAAAAAACAGGCGGUCAACUGUUAAAACAGCGUAUCUCACUUGUGUUUGCCAAUGCUUUAAACAAAAAACAAAAUACAGAGGAGGGCCCUCUUAUUAACGGCCGCAAUAAAUCUCAAACUAUGCACCCUGAAGAGGAGAAUAUAAAGAGGAUUUUGCUACCGAAAAUUCGGAAUUUGACUCUGGGGCUGCUCUCCAAUCAUCGGCUUCCAAUUCGUCAGCUGGCGGUAUCAAUCUACACAACCUGUGUCUCCUUCAUGCAUCCGGAGAAUCAGGCCAAAAUCCUUGGAAAUGCCAUCGACACCCUGGACCUCGACAUCUCCACUCGGGUGGAUGAAAUCGCCAAAAAUAUAACAAGUGGAAAACCGAAGUUGAGCCAAUGCCUUGUUGAGAGCCUCACUACCAUCAGUGCCAAGAUUACAGACAUGCCAAAUAAAGCCUACUGCCACCUAGAUUGGCUCCACGUGGCAUCACUCUGUGAGACCUUAUUGAGUCAUCCAUCAGCACGUGUUCGUGAUUCCGCAGCCGAACUCCUGGUCGCUGACAUUCGCCGGCACAAGAACUCCGCCCAAAUGGCGCGUGCUCUGGUGAUGGUUCUGACGCAGGCUUGGAUAUCUCGUCAGGAUGUGCUCUUCAAACCCUUCAAUCAACUGCCAAAGUUGUCCGAAUUUAGUCUUGAACAAGAAGAUAAGACUCGAGAAUGUAAAAUGGCCUGGUGUUCAGGUCAUCUUGCGGCUUUUUUAAAGGUCAGCAAAGUGCUUCUCGAGGAGUAUCAAAGAAACUUCACUGUUCCUUCAAAACCCAAAAAAUCAGUUUUCUUGCCCCUCUUUGAUCCUCUUGCUGGACGAAGAUUUUCAUUCUCUUCUCAAAGGCCGAGCUCCGUUUUUCGAAGCAGGGCAACUGAAGUUAAUGAGACUGCACCGCUGUUGAUGCGUUUGAAACAACUCGAAACAAACGAGCUACAACAAGCAAUAUGGAAUGUGCGUACAGCUGUUUCCCCAAAGAGUAGUCGCUCAAGCGGUUCAAGCAUCAUCUUUACUGAGCGCAGCCUUCCCUCAGACACCACUGGUAUCGCGUCUCUCUCUAGCUUCUCCUCAACUGCAUCACUUUCCACAAAUUCGUCGUCCUCUUCUAAUUGCGGCUUUCGGACUUGUCUUACUGUUGCUCUUCAUGCGGCUGUUGAAUGUACGUGUGAUGUCAACGCUUCAGUAAGGCAUCUUGCUGUUCAGACCCUAUCGGAGGUGACCCAAGUGAUUGGUUUAUUCGAUCACACUCUCCUUGUCAACAUAAUCAUGACCCAUAUGAGUUUUGAACCAACUAUUCUCACCUACGGCUGUCUUGAGAUGCUACUCAAUAUUCUUAUUAACUUAAAAAGUGGCAAAGUUGGGAACAACAGUCUUUUGUUAUCAACUUCGAAAAUUUCUCCUCAGUUUUCUUCACGUCUUCUCCACGGCCUCCUUAACGUGGAACGCUCAAGAGUGUGGCUCCGUUCCUGUGCACACUAUAUCGCUACUCGUGAGACCCUUGAUGCAGUGACCUUGAACGCGACCCAAGUAGUGAUGUGCGCCCUCACCUCGGUGCAUCAACUGGGACCACUCAGCAUCCGUCUCAGCCAAAUUCAAAUAAACUCGUCUAUGGAGGAGAUGUGGGAAGUGGAGGAAAGAGAAAAUGAGCUGAUGGAGGAUCAAGGGGAUGAUAAAGAGUGUGACCGUGCUUUCGAGGAGGGUUCUAGGGGAUCCUAUAGCACUGAUUCUGACAUUCGGCUGGAUUUAGACAUUGAGGCUUUGAUUGUCGCAGUUAAUAGUUUGGUGGCGGUAGUUCAGCGUCUUUCUUCGACAAAUAUUCAGCGAAAUAAGAAUGUCGAAUCAUUUGGAUGGAUUCCGGAAUCGCCAACAAGACAUCAAAAGGAUGCUAACGGCACCAUUUCUGUGGCUCCAAGUUCUGAGAUUUCACUAGAAUUCACUUACCUUCUUCUUCGUCGCAUAGAAAUCUCAUUACAAGCCUACACCUGCUGUAACUCACAACGCAGUCUGGCUGAACUUCCCAUCCACUUACAACCAAUGAACGUGGAGACGGUUGCGAUGGCUUUGAGUAGCCUCAUUGUUCCAUUGGCUACACUUGCCUUCGAAAUAUUCAUGCCGCAGAUGAUGCGCAGACGCCAGGAUACCAUCAAUGGAGAGUCUGUCACAAAAUACACUGAAACUCUGCAAGAAAAAUGCAUGAUCAGCAUCCUCAACAUCAUUGGCAUAAUCGCUCAGUGUCUACCAAAAUCAACUGUGUUGGGAAUAAAUACCAAAGAUCUCUUGAACGACUCAAAAACUUCCAAUGAGUAUUCCGCCCAGGAAACAGCGAAUCGCAUGGAAACACAGGUCAAUGGAACGGUUCAAAUGGAAGACGUCUGUGAAAAAUUUAUCAGCAUACUCAAUGACAUCUUCAACUUUGCUAGACGCAACUUGUAUCCCCAAUCCUUCCUGCGUUGUGCUCACUGGUGGUGGAUGGGACAUAUGUGUUCGAGCCUUCCCAAUCUCUGUCAGACCUCUCCAGGUCAUAUUGACACCUCUCGUCUUGUUGAACUUCUCUGCAAUGAACUCUCUUCUCUACAAGGGUGCCAACAUAAUGAUUCAAUUACAAAUACUUCGAGACACCCGAAGGUGAACCACAGACUCAGUGAUCGACGUAGACGGUGUCUACUCCUCCCUUCUGCGUCUCGACCUUCACCUCAACGUAAUGAACUCAGUUGGGUUCGAGUUUGUCAAGCGAGUUUACCUCACUCUGGUAGUGGUGAAUCUGCUCCUGUCGCUAAAAGCAUUUCUCAGGAUGUUAGUCAAGACUCUGAAACCCAAAUAGACGUUGAGGCAACCGACGAUGAAACUCCGACUUCUACAUCGCUUUCGUCUGUUUCAAGUGUCUAUGGUUCAAAGAAAUCCCAACGGCAAGGAAAGCGACCACCGGAAGUAGUGGAGCCAUCUUGCUUAAGCAGAAACAACUUUCCACCUCUGUCGCUUGAAGAAACCACAAUUUUGGUGGCUAAGUUGAUCAAAUGCAGUGAUGCAAAGGCAAUCGAACCGCUACAAAAUAUCAUUCCUCAUCAGAUCGUUGUCUGUGUUCGCAAGAUGCUCGAACAGGAGUGCUCAGCAUGA